CCCGCCGGCAGCGGGACGGCGCUAAGAUGGCGGCGGCGCUGCUGGCGCGAUGGUGCCGGGGUGUUCCCGGGCUCCGGGACACGCUCGGGCUCCGCGCCGCCCGCCUGCCCCUCGCCGCCGCCCCACCGCUGUUGCUCCGCCGCCUCGCCGCGCCCCCGGGGCCGCGCAGCUUCUCGGCGGCCGAGCUGGUGCGCGCCGCGCCGGCCCCGCUGCAGCCGUACUUGCGGCUCAUGCGGCUGCACCAGCCCGCCGGGACGUGGCUGCUCUACCUGCCGUGCACCUGGAGCAUCGGGCUGGCGGCCGCGCCCGGCUGCCUGCCGGACUGGCACAUGCUGUCGCUGUUCGGCGUGGGAGCCGUGCUCAUGCGGGGGGCCGGCUGCACCAUCAAUGACAUGUGGGAUCGCGACUAUGACAGACAGGUUGCAAGGACAGCAAGCAGACCCCUGGCAGCUGGAGAUAUCUCCACUUUCCAGUCCUUGGUUUUUCUCGGGGGACAGCUCAGCCUGGCACUGUGUGUGCUUCUGUGUCUGAAUUACUACAGUAUCAUUCUGGGAGCAUCCUCUUUAUUCCUUGUGAUCACCUACCCUCUGAUGAAGAGAAUAACAUACUGGCCACAGCUAGUUUUAGGAUUUACAUUUAAUUGGGGAGCCCUUCUUGGCUGGUCUGCCAUCAAAGGGUCAUGUGAGUGGUCUGUGUGUUUGCCCUUGUACUUUGCUGGAGUCAUGUGGACACUGGUGUACGACACCAUUUAUGCACAUCAGGAUAAGAGGGACGACAUCAUGAUUGGUGUGAAGUCAACUGCAUUGCAUUUCAGGAAGGACACAAAGCAGUGGCUCAGUGGCUUCAGCCUGGCAAUGCUCCUGAGUUUGUGUGUGACAGGGGUCAAUUGCAGCCAAACCCUCCCGUAUUACUCGGCUGUGGCCACCGUAGGGGCUCACCUGGCACACCAGAUUUACACUUUGGACAUAGACAAGCCCGAAGACUGUUGGAAAAAAUUUGCUUCAAAUCGUACUGUAGGAAUUCUGCUCUUCAUAGGGAUUGUGCUUGGAAAUCUGUGGAAAUGAAAAGGCUUAAAUGCAGAAGAGCCUUCAGAGAACAGAUAGUUGAAAUCACUAUACUGAUAUUUUAGUCUAACUGAAGUGUAGAUUCUGUAAGAAGGAAAAUAUAUAAAUAAUUGUAAUAUAAAUAUAGCUGCUUUAUAUUGUUUAUUUAUAAAAGCUGGUGGAAACAUUCUUAUUUCUGAAAUGCAAUUUUGAUAAUUUGAUAAUAAAAAAGUGGAAGUUUUGGUUAUCUGCGAAUAACUUCAAUCUGCGUAGAUGCUCCAAAAAGUGAGCUCCAAAAAGCUCUGCUGGUCCUGUGUAGUAGCAGCAAACUUCUGUCAUGCUCUGGAGACUGUGAUCCCAAGAUUUUAUAUGAAACAGGUGUCUCUUAGUGACAGCACAGGUAAAAAUGCAAAAUUAUUUCCGGAUGUAAAUAAAUUUGUCUGUACAAAUGUG